AUGGCUAAAAAUUGGAUCUUUUUGAACAAUGAUGUUGAUGACACCAAUGCCGACGGCUAUGCUGUCGACACCAACGCCUCAUACGUCGACACCGACGCUUCCGACGUCGAUGCUUUCGAUUCCGAUGCUUCUGAUGUCGACGCUUCCAAUGUCACAGCUUCCAACGUCGACGCUUCCGAUGCCGACGUUGACGCAAACACGGCCGACACUUCCGAUGCCGACGUUGACGUCAACGCUGCCGAUGCCGACGCAAACGCUGCCGACGUUGACGCAAACACUGCCGACGUUGACGCCAACGCUGCCGAUGCCGGCGCAAACGCUGCCGACGUUGACGCAAACACUGCCGACGUUGACGUCAACGUUGCCGAUGCCGACGCGGCCAUCAUUAACGUCGAUGAUAAGCUGUACGUAGAUGAAGAUUGGGAGAAGAUUUGUGAAGAAUGA